AUGACUACUUCUGGGCAUGGAACAAAGAGGAUGCUCUCCCGGGGCCCCGCGCUGCUCCUGGCGCCGCUGCUGCUCCUGUGCCGAGUGGUGGAGAGCCGAGGAGGGAUCAUGGACAGCAUCCAGAGGUUCUCAAACCUGCCAACCUAUCUCCCUGCGAGCCCUCACGUCUCCAAUGCUGAUACUUUCUUCUUCCUCAAGGAAGCCAACCAGGAUAUCAUGAGGAACUCCAGUUUGCAGUCUAGGGUGGAUUCAUUCUUUAUAUACAAAGCCAAACAGCCACCUGUCCUCAAUGCCACGUAUGGACCCUUUUCUGUUGAACAACCCGUUCCCUUGGACCUCAUGCUGACUUCUGCAUCUUUUGGUUUCACAAAUAAAUUCACUUUUAAUUGGAAAUUAAAAUCCCACAUAAUCAACAGCUCAAUCUAUUCCAACAAACCUAAAAUACAGACCUUGUUCUACAUUGCGGGGAAGGACUGGGAUGACUACGACUCUGAGGAGAUGCUGCCUUGUGUGAAGAUGUUUGCUUUCCUGGAGUCUAGAGAAGUGGUGGCCAGCUGCAGAUUGACAGGCCACCUGGGAUUAUGUGUUGUGGAGCUGGAGUUGUCUCCCAGCUGGUUCAGCUCCCCUCCACCCAUGGUUCCAGAGGAAACAGCCUCCCUGGAAGGGAUUACUGUGGAGCUCUUCUAUAAGAUUUAUACAGUGGAUGGGGAAUGUUCUCCAGAGGAUGCAAAAUGGGAAAACAAUAUCCAUGCAGGUGAAGAGAAUGAGCACCAAGCUUUGUCAGCUAUGGAGAGGAUUGGUAGCAUCGUUGUUUACCCAAAUCAAGACAAAUUAAAGCAAUCUUCGCUGAGGGUGGAUGAAAAUAUCAUUAUUCACUUACCACUCAGCCCGGUCAGAGAGGGUGACAUUGUGACCUUCCAUGUUUUCCUGGCUGAUUACUCUCUAGCAGAUCAGUUUGUAUUAAGGAUCAGGACGGCCCCAGGAGUGAGGAUCUCGGACAUCAGGGUCAGUGAUGCUGACCAGUGGGGGGUGCAGGAGGAGACGGACAGCGCGCGCAGCACGGCCACGCUCACCUGCGUGCACAACGACCCCGGCGCCGAGGACAGAGCAAACACCACCUCCUACGAGAUCCUGCAGAUGGAUUUUGAGAUCGACAACGGCAGCAGCCUGGCAGGGGCCCAGCAGAUCACCUGGCAGGUGGAAUACCCGCGGGACGACUCCGUCAGCGAGCUCGUGGUGUCCGAGAUCUUCGUCAGCCGCACCAUGUUCACAGAAAUCGUUCCCCUUGCCAUGGACACAGAAAUCCUCAACACAGCCAUCCUCACGGGCAGGAUGGUGGCUGUGCCAGUCAAGGUGGUCGCCGUGCAGGAGGACGGCUCCGUGGUCGACGUCUCGGACUCCGCCGAGUGCAGAUCCGCCGACGAAGACGUCGUGAAGGUUUCUGAGAGCUGCGACUCCAUCUUUGUUAAUGGCAAGGAGAUGAAGAGCAAAGUGGACACCAUUGUGAAUUUCACCUACCAGCAUUUCACCACGCAGCUGGAGGUGACGGUCUGGGUUCCGCGGCUCCCGCUGCAGAUCGAGAUCUCUGACACGGAGCUCAGCCAGAUCAAGGGCUGGAGGAUCCCUGUCACCUCCAACAAAAGGCCCACCCGGGACAGCGAGGACGAGGAGGACGACGAGAAGAAAGGCAAAGGCUGCACCCUGCAGUACCAGCACGCCUUGGUGAGGGUCCUGACCCAGUUUGUGGCCGAGUCCUCGGAGCUUGGAGGCCACCUGACCUACCUGCUGGGCUCGGAGUGGCAGUUCGACAUCACAGACCUGGUGGCUGAUUUCAUGAAGGUGGAGGAGCCCAAGGUGGCCAAGCUGCAGGAGGGCCGGGUGCUGGCUGGGCGUGAGCAAGGCAUCACCACGGUGCAGGUUCUGUCCCCUCUCUCGGAUUCCAUCCUGGCAGAGAAGACAGUGAUAGUCCUGGAUGACAGGGUGACCAUUUCUGACCUGGGGGUGCAGCUGGUGUCAGGCCUGUCCGUGUCCUUCCAGAGCAGCAAAGGAAACAAGAGAGCCAUCCUUGCCACCACCUCUGCCCACGACAUCCUGCGCACGCCCAAGCAGGAGGCUGUGGUGAGUGCUUGGGUUUUGUUCAGCGACGGGGCCGUGACGCCCUUGGACAUCUACGACUCCAAGGACUUCUCCGUGUCCAUCAGCUCCCUGGAUGAGAUGGUGGUGUCCUCACACCAGAGCCUUCAGUCCCUCUGGCCUGUGGUGGUGGCAGAAGGGGACGGGCAGGGGCCCCUGAUUAAAAUUGAGAUGGUGAUCAGCGAGCCCUGCCAGAAGACCAAGCGCAAGAGCGUGCUGGCCGUGGGGAAAGGAAACGUCAAAGUGAAGUUUGGCCAGAAGGAUUCGGACCCAAAAGGGAGCACCAACGACAUCGAUGACCUGGAGAAAGAUUUUAAAAGCCAUGCAAGCAAUGCUAUAGAGAAAGCUGCAGAACAAGACAGGACAGCACAAGACUGGUCCAAAAACCACGAGGACGUGUCCGGUCCUGAGGACAACGCAAACAAAAGCACAACUUUCAUCUCUCCCAUUGAUCAGGAGUCCCUGGAGGAUGGCCAGCUUCAAAACAGCCCAACUGCCUUCACAGGUUUCCCUGCCCAAGUAGAAAUACCAGGAGAAAACAAUCCCAGUGAUCUCUCAUUGACUUCCAGAGGAUUGACAGACCUGGAGAUUGGCAUGUACGCGCUGCUCUGUGUUUUCUGCUUGGCAAUCCUGGUGUUUCUGAUUAACUGCGUGGCAUUUGCUUGGAAGUACAGGCACAAAAGGUUUGCUGUGAGUGAGCAAGGCAACAUCCCCCAUUCCCAUGACUGGGUCUGGCUUGGAAAUGAGGUGGAGCUCCUGGAAAACCCAGUGGACAUUUCGCUCCCAUCAGAGGAGUGCACUACCAUGAUUGACAGAGGGAUGCAGUUUGAAGAAAGCAACUUUCUCCUUAAUGGGAGUUCUCAGAAGACUCUUCAUAAUCAUAUCCUCAGAUCUUCUGAGUACCUUUGUGAAAAAGAAGUUAAAAGUGAACCUAUAAAUCCUUCUGGGCCAAAGCAGAAGCGAGUAAAGUUCACUUCAUAUACAACAAUCCUGCCAGAGGAUGGAGGCCCCUACACCAACUCAAUUCUAUUUGACAGUGAUGAUAAUAUUAAAUGGGUAUGCCAAGAUAUGAAUCUUGGUGACUCCAAGGAACUUAGGGACUAUAUGGAAAGACUGCAAGACAAUAUGUAAAACUACUUUCUUAUGUUUGUAAUCACCUUUAUGCCUUCUGUUUAUGGAUGGUGGAGCAGUCAGUCCAGUCAGCAAUAGGAACAAGACAGCCCAACCCUGGAGGUACUGAGAUGAUAACGUGAUGGCAGAGAGCAGGUACAGGAGGCUGGCUGAGUUAAUCCUGUUUCACCACAAACCAGGA